UGACGUCAGCUCCCAGUUCGCCAGCGACAGAGUGAAACAAACAUGGCGACAGAAUGGAGCGGGCAGCAAGGCUACGUUCUAACUCUAAUCGUUUUCCUUUGGAGUGCAGUCGAGGGACGCACCGAAACGGCCACGUCGAGUGUCAGCAACAGCGGGACCCAGGUGCUCGGUAUGCGGCUGGAGAGGAGCGACAAACCGGCUACGACCACUGACGACGGGGUCAUACAGGUAACGGAGGAGAGCACAGUGCAGCUCCGGUUCUACGGUGUGCAGCUCAACUCGGGCACCUGGGCGCAGAUCCGCUUCACGGAACGAGGGGAUGGGAGUGAUGAGGGGGGGGACAAUAACAUUAUUGACGACACACCUAACAGGACUUGUGUUGAUUUCACCAAAGACUUCAGCAUCGCGACCUACAUGAACAUCAGUAGCCGGGGGACCACAGGGAUACUCAGCAUAAACAUUAAACCCCUUCGAAAGAGCGAGCCGCACAAGGAAUAUGGGUUGUGCAUCAAGAGUUUGACCAAUGGCAGGUGGGCUCUGCUCGGGGAUAGCGACGGGAGACUCCGGGUGGUAGAGGGGGAGAAAACUCUCCUCCCCCUGUGGUUCCAGAUCAUCCUUAUCUGCUGUCUGUUGGUGCUGUCUGGCAUGUUCAGUGGGCUGAACCUGGGGCUCAUGGCUCUGGACCCCAUGGAGCUCCGUAUAGUCCAGAGUUGUGGUUCAGAGAAGGAAAAAAAAUAUGCCCGCAAAAUUGAGCCCAUCCGCAGUAAGGGGAACUACCUUCUCUGCUCGCUGCUGCUUGGCAAUGUCCUGGUCAACACCACACUCACCAUCCUCCUGGAUGACUUAAUAGGCUCUGGGCUGGGCGCCGUGGUCGCCUCCACAGUGGGUAUCGUGAUUUUCGGCGAGAUCGUCCCUCAGGCGCUGUGCUCUCGCCACGGGCUGGCGGUGGGCGCCAACACCAUCCAGGUGACCAAGCUCUUCAUGUUGCUCACCUUCCCCCUCUCCUUCCCCGUCAGCAAGCUCCUAGACGUGCUCCUGGGCCAGGAGAUCGGCACUGUGUAUAACCGCGAGAAGCUGGUGGAGAUGCUCAGGGUGACAGAACCCUACAACGACCUGGUCAAAGAGGAGCUCAACAUGAUCCAAGGAGCUCUGGAACUCCGGAGUAAGACGGUUGAGAGCGUGAUGACUCCGUUGGCACACUGUUUCAUGAUCCAGAAUGACGCGGUCCUCGACUUCAACACCAUGUCGGAGAUCAUGGAGAGUGGCUACACGCGUAUCCCCGUGUUUGACGACGAGCGCUCCAACAUCGUGGACAUCCUGUACGUGAAGGACCUGGCGUUCGUGGACCCAGACGACUGCACCACCCUGAAGACCAUCACUAAGUUCUACAACCACCCAGUCCACUUUGUGUUCCACGACACACGACUGGACUCCAUGCUGGAGGAGUUCAAGAAAGGUAAAUCCCACCUGGCCAUCGUUCAGAAGGUGAACAAUGAGGGGGAAGGGGAUCCCUUCUACGAGGUGCUGGGAUUGGUCACCUUGGAGGACGUAAUCGAGGAGAUCAUCAAAUCAGAGAUCCUGGAUGAGUCCGACCUUUAUACUGACAAUAGGAACAGAAAGAAGGUGGACCCUAACAAGAGAACGCGUGACUUCUCUGCUUUUAAACACACGGAGAACGAGUGCAAGGUGAAGAUCUCUCCCCAGUUGAUGCUGGCUGCGCAUCGCUUCCUGGCUACAGAGGUGAGUCUGUUCAGUCCCUGUCAGGUCACUGAGAAGGUGUUACUGAGGAUCCUGAGGCACCCUGAUGUCAUCCAGGAGAUCAAAUUCAAUGACGGCGACAAGCGUUCCGCUCUACACUACAUCUACCAGAGAGGCAAACCUGUCGACUACUUCAUACUCAUACUGCAGGGGCGAGUGGAGGUGGAGGCUGGAAACGAGAACAUGAAGUUUGAGACAGGACCCUUCUCCUACUAUGGAGUCAUGGCUCUUAGCUCACCAUCACUGGAGUUCCGUUCUCCUACUCACGCGAGCGGUCUGAACCGCUCUGCGUCGCUAAGCUGCACUGAGCGUGGCGCUUCCGGAGAAAGCGCCUCAGUAACUGCCAGCAACACGCAGCUCACCGCCUGCCAGUACACACCAGACUUCUACGUACGGGCUCUCACUGACCUGCAAUAUGUCAAGAUCACUCGUUCUCAGUACCAGAAUGGUCUGCUGGCGUCGAGGCUGGACAGCACCCCCCAGUCCCCCGAGGGCAGCCACCCCCGUCUGGACAGCACCUCUGCGCUCCCCAUCACCCCACCAGCCCCUCCCCGCACCCCCCUCCCCCUGGCCACCACACCUUUCAAGCGCCCCCUUGCUCUCCCCCAUCCCACCCCCCCUCCCACCAGCCGUACCCCCUUACCCCAAACCACCACCCCCACUCAAGUCAACCCCCGCCCGGCCCUGCCCCAAUCCACCCCUCCUCCCACCAAAGGCACCCCUCUUCCUCAAACACCUCCUCCUGCCUCCUCGGGUGCACGCACCACUCACCCGCCUCCGCCCUCCACCUCCUCUCUCCCCCACCCACCUCUUCCCUGCACCUCUCUCCCCCCCAAAUCCCCCUCUUCCGUGAAGCCAGGGGGGGAGAAUGGUCCGGGUGAGAAGACCUCUCUGCUGUCUGAGCAGCCGCAAAACUGCGUAAGCGGCACUCGCAGGCCCAGCUACCCACAAACACACACACAACACCCUCACACACACCAACACAUGCACACACACGUGCACACCAUCAGCCACGCACACACAGAGAGCACCAUCUGACAACAACCCCUGUGGGGGGGAGGGGGGGGGGGGGUUGUUAAGAUUUGUAAAAAAAUGAAUACACACAAGUUUUGUUGGCCGUGGACUGGAGUACUGGAAGAUUCUAAGGUGCAUUGUGGGAACACUCAUGUCUCUGUCCUAUCCGCCCACCUACCUCUCAAGAUGGGGUGAAGAGAGGGCGUGAUGGGCAACAAAGGUGCGUUACACACUUGUGCAGAGGUCCUUGUGUGUGAUGCAGCUUGUCUCUGUCAUACGGUUCAGUGCGUGUGUAUGCAAUGUGUGUUUGACAGUUUUACGGUGGCUGCAGGCACAGUCUGGGAUCAGCUUUGUUGGUGGGGAGGAGGGGGAGAUAGACCACCAUGUAUAGCAUGUUUAUAAUAUGUGUUGAUUCUCUGCACUUCGGUUGUCAGUAUAAAUAAAUAUAGAAAUAUGACCUGUAGUGACAGCAAAUAUGUUUUUAAAGAGAAAUGUAGCGAUAUUUAGAGAUUCAUGCAUUUUAGCUUAGUGUUCACUGUGAACUCUCAUCUAGACGCACCUGUGUUCUCUAAAACACUUUCUGUACCACUCCCCUCCCACAUGCUCCGUUUCCAUGGAAAUUACAUUCAACACCCCCCCUCACCCCCCUCCAAUACAAAUGGAACAUUCUCAGGAGGGAUUUCUAGAAUCUUGGUUUUUUUUUUGUGGUUUUUUUUGUGGUGUCUGUUCUUUCUUCCAAAUAUGGCAAUUUCCAAAAAACGUUUGUAUUACGGGAUUGUUGAGUUUGGGGCCUGUUGACACGGGCUUGACAGGAGUGUAGCGGUUUGUGUGUGUACCUCCUGAGCUGUCUCUCAUUUCGGAAAGUUUAUGACCACUUGACCCUGUCAGGCCUGUCAGGCCUAUCAGGCUGGGGUGGAGGGCGGGGCUGCUGGAGGGGAGGAGUUGGCUGGCUGAUUGACUGACAGCUGGGUUUGUUUACCAUGAACCCACCUAACCAGAGAUGUGAAGUAUAUUAUAUGAUUAAUUAUUUAAAUAUGAAUAUAUUUAUUUUGCAUUACAGAUGACUUUUUAAUGUAUUUUGAGAUUUAUUUGAUGUCAAUGUUUUAUAUUGUAUAGAUUGUUUUUCUUUUGUUGAAGACUUUCAAAACUCCAUGUACUGUGACUGAUACUCCUGAACAGAGACUUUUCUACUGUACUGCAACCAACUCCCCCAGAACCUACAAACUCUCAAACACACCUAACUGAACAGAGCUCAAUUCAACUAUGAUACUAGCCCCUCUUUAUUUUUGUAUUAUUGUAUAAUUUCACUAUGAUACUAGCUCAGCUUCCUAUUUGUGAACAGAGCUCAAUUCAACUACAAUACUAACUCAUUUUCCUGCUUGUAUAAUUUCACAUAAUGAGACGCUGUGGUUUAACAUGAUUGGUUGCUUUGGAGUGUUAUUGAGUGAUGUCACAAUGGAAUAUAGAAGUCACUGUUUUCAGGGGUGAUGUCACUGUGGAGUUAAAAUUCCACUUUGUGAUGCCACAAUGGAGUUGAGUUCCGAGUUUGUGUGUGAUGUCACAGUGGAGUUUAGAAUUGAGUUUUACUGUGUGAUGAUACAAUCAGUGAGGGGUUGUUGCCACUUCUAAUGACAUGAAAAAAGGCACGCCAUCUCCACCACAAUGUUCCCUUACCAUUUACAUUGUAGGUAACCCAAAAAGACAUUCCAAAAACAGGGGAUCCACAAUUGACCCUUCAGAUUCAAUCUGAUGUCGGAUUUAUUGUGUGUAUAAAUGAAGCUGUUACACGCACUGUGCACUGCUGUGCGGUCUUAGAGAUGACUACAUGUGUUUCCCUCACCAUGCAUUCUGUCUGGGUGGAGGGCAGACCAGACACAUAAUGCUGCUAUCAUCUACCCAUCUCGAUCCCUAGAAAUAUAUUAUGAAGUAACUCGAGCAACGGUCGACCUGAAGGAAAAGAAUGUAUUUCUAAGUAAAUACUUACCUCUGGUAAGAAAAUCACUUUAGAACAACCAGAGAGAACCCAGUAUUUAUUCCAAAGAAUUUCUGUAAGGUCUGUUCCACAGGGAUGAGUUCCUACCUGAGUUUUAAGAGUAUAUCCCCUCCUUAGAAUUGGAAUGAAUAGAACGGACACACGCACCCUCAGUACAGGGUAUCGAAUGGGGUCGUCCAUUCUAGGAUUUCUAAGUCUAUGGUUGGUGCAGCCUUACACACUACUACACACAAAAACCCUAGACCUGACUGCUGGUUCACAUAGGUCACUUCAUAGCAUUGGGCCUUACUGGUUCCGUUACACCACUGGUCUAGUUCCCAGUCUAGCCACUGGUUGGCUGCGAAGGUCCUAGUCUACUGAGAACGGUCACAUUAUGAAAGCGUUGUUUUAUUUAUUUGAAAAGUAAUAAUAUUCUGUCCUUUUUGUUCUGCUCUCUCAUGUGAAACUUUCGUUUUGUCUGUCAACGGGUUACUGGGACGGAGGAAGAGAUUUAUGUAUUUCCUGCUUGUACUAUGUUACUGUGAAUACUACUGUAUAUUGUGAAGACAUUGGCAUUUGUCUACUAUAUUAUAUGUGAUGGGAGUGAGAGGGGGGGAUGCCUAUAUGGAACACAUGUAUAAAGUAACCUCUGUGAGAAUACUUACCGGAUAUAAGAACUUUUAUCUCCUUCCACCGAGUCAUUUUACUUCGAAGAUAUUGUAUUAGCAAUAAAAUUAUUGCUCUGUUUUGACCUCAAAGAACAUUUCUACCCUUUCUCUCAAAUUCAUUUUUCCCCCCCAUUGAAAUAGCAUGGAGUAGCAUUCUCACCAUGAUUUAUGGUAGCGCUGUGUUAAUGUAGCUGUUAGCUUCUGUUAUGUCUGGCUAGACCGAACUACCUUGCCCUUCACUAGCACUCCUCUUUUCCUUUUCCACUCUUCUUUCCUCUCCUCUUCCUCCCUACUCUGCUACUUUCCUUACCCUCUUCCCCAGCUUCUCUCCCCUCACACCCCCACUUCUUCCCUUCUCCUCUCUUCCCUCCUCUCCCGCCGGUCAUGUUAUAUUGACAUUCCUUGCCUGCUGGUCUGAACAGUCUUAUAAGCUCUUUUUAAUGUCCAGAUCCUUCUAGCUGGCGGGUGGUUCCUGGCGGGAGGGCAAGCCUUAACUGGCAGCCAGGCUCUGCUCUGCUGUGUUAGCUCAGCCCCAGUGUGAUUAUUCGACCUAAACGAGGAGGGUUUAAGAGUUCUGGUGCUGUAUUCUCAGACCAGGGACAGCUUUUCCACUGCGUAGACAAAGGGGUGCCAUACUAGCCUGGUCCCAGAUCUGUUUGGGCUCUCCGCCAACUACUAUAUAGGAGAUGGCACAAACAGAUCUGGGUUCAGGCUGGUGCCAUACUGCUAGACUGGGUGCUUGGGAACCAGAACCCUACAAUGGAAUAGAAUAGAACACUGUCCUCCAAGGAUGUUUUUGUGCGUGGAAUUAGAAUGAGUUCAAUGAUUAUAAACACUACAGUCUAAUACGGGUUACUCAGACAGUGAUAAGCACACUAGUCCAGUGUCGGCCCCAGAUGUUGAUUGAAGAGUAAAUGCCUGUCACUUCAUCUGACCCCCGGGGUUGUAGAACUUAAAGCAAAGUGUACAUACUGUUUUAUAAUGACUUUGGAGGGAGCUGUGAAGAAGUCAACACGGGGUUAAUAAACCUGAGUUAUAUUUCUCUACGUAAA